AGGGGAGCACCAGUAUCAUCCGCAGUGGCGCAGCGUGGAAGCAGCUUGCCUAGGGAGCAAGAGGCGGUCAGUUCCCAUCCCUGCUGCUGUGCCUCCCAGACUGUGCUUAGUAGAUAUUUGUAGCCACCUAUAUUGGGCCACGGGCGAUAUAGGAAGGUGCUGGAGGAGGUGGAUGCUCAAUCUGCACAGAAGAAAGGCAGUGGUAAAUUACUCCUGCAAAAACCCACAUUGCUUUGUGGUUGCUAGGAGUCAACACCGACUCAAAGCCCUGCCCCCCAGGGGACCUCUAGAGCUGCCUCUCUCGGUUCUGGAGGUGGGAUGUUCCGGCCGGUUUGAGCUUAUCACCCAAGAGGAGGGUCCAAGUGGAUAUGGAUUUCCAUUGACCACGUUGCCCCACGGACUCCCCCCUUAUGCUGAGGAGCUGACAUCUGAGCUGGAGCAGCGCUUUCUUGACAGUCCAGAAUGGCUUCCCAUCCAUCACUUUGAAAGGUCUCACAGGUUCUGGCCCCGUGAGAAAGACAUCCAGUCACUCUUUGAGGUGAAUGUCACACCUGUGCACUCUACACUUCAGGCUGAGCGCAACCCUACCACAGGAGAGCUUCUAGGUUUCAAAGAGGCACUAGUGGACAAUAUGGGCUUGUCAGCCAAGAAUUCUCUGUCGUUCCAGCGAGCACCUGGUCCCCCCGCUGAAGCUCUGCGAGGCAGUGCCACCAAUUAUCCCUUCUGGCCAGGUGGGAUGGAUGAACCUAGCUUGGAGCAGAUCAAGACUCAAGAUGACCUGGAAGAGGACAUAGAUUUUCAGAAAGAUCUGCUGACAGUGCCACCUGGCUGGAAGAAGGGAGUGGAGUUCACCAAACAAGAGCUCAAGGCCUCGUCAGGGCUGCUGAACUUGACCAACCUCUUGGGGGCCUUGGACACCUUUGAUUUGGGAGCCUCCAGCGAUGAAGAAGGCAAGGAGAAGACCGUGGAAGUGGAGAAGAAGAAGAAGAAAGGGAAGGGGAAAGGGGCCAAGGAAGAAGAGACACCCCCAGCAGAACCCGCACCGCUUCAGAGGGCAAACAGCCUGGAGGAAUUGGUGCUAAAGGAUACGUCGCCAAUCCCCAAGUCAGCCACGCAUCCUGCCUCGGCCCCUGCUGCCGCCGCCACCACUGAACCCCCCAAAGAGCAGUGGGCCAUCCCUGUAGAUAUAAGUUCCCCUGUGGAUGACUUCUACAAGCGAAUUCCUGACCCAGCUUUCAAGUGGCCUUUUGAACCAGAUGUCUUCCAGAAACAGGCAAUUCUUCACUUGGAGAAGCAUGAUUCUGUAUUUGUCGCUGCCCAUACAUCUGCUGGAAAGACGGUGGUGGCUGAGUAUGCCAUUGCCCUGUCGCAGAAGCACAUGACACGCACUAUUUAUACGUCCCCAAUCAAGGCUCUUUCCAACCAGAAAUUCCGGGAUUUCAAGAACACCUUUGGGGAUGUGGGUUUGUUGACAGGCGAUGUUCAGCUGCAUCCAGAUGCCUCCUGCCUGAUCAUGACAACAGAAAUCCUUCGAUCUAUGCUCUAUAACGGAUCAGACGUCCUCAGAGACUUGGAAUGGGUGAUCUUUGAUGAGGUGCAUUACGUUAACGACUCUGAGCGUGGUGUGGUCUGGGAAGAGGUCCUCAUCAUGCUGCCGGACCACGUGAACAUCAUUUUGCUGAGUGCCACCGUCCCCAACACCCUGGAGUUUGCUGACUGGAUUGGGAGGAUCAAGCGGAAGAAAAUCUAUGUGAUCAGCACACUGAAACGCCCUGUCCCACUGGAGCAUUAUUUGUACACUGGCAACAGCCAGAAAACCCAGAACGAACUGUUCCUCCUGGUUGAUGCCCGUGGGACAUUUCUUACCAAGGGGUACUACGAUGCCAUAGAAGCCAAGAAGGAACGGGCCAGCAAGCAUUCUCAGACCUUUGGGGCCAAGCAGCCCAUGCAUCCAGGAGCUGGGCCAGGGCAGGACAAGAACAUUUGGCUGUCCCUCAUUGACAUGCUGCGUAAGAAGGACCAGCUGCCCGUGGUUGCCUUCACGUUCUCUCGCAACCGCUGCGACGACAAUGCUUCCAUGCUAACCACUGUCGACCUGACCACAACGACUGAGAAAAGCGAGAUCCAUGUCUUCUUCCGGAAGUGCAUCUCCCGCCUUAAGGGCACAGACCGCCAGUUGCCUCAGGUUCUUCAUAUGGUGGACCUCUUGAAACGUGGCAUCGGAGUGCAUCACAGUGGCAUCCUGCCCAUCCUCAAGGAGGUGGUGGAGAUGCUCUUCAGUAAGGGGCUGGUCAAGAUUCUUUUUGCUACCGAGACUUUUGCCAUGGGUGUGAACAUGCCGGCCAGGACUGUAGUCUUCGACUCCAUUCGUAAACAUGAUGGUGCCAACUUCCGGGAUCUGGUGCCAGCUGAGUACAUCCAGAUGGCAGGCCGGGCUGGGCGCCGAGGCCUCGACACCACAGGGAUGGUGAUUAUCCUGUGUAAAAACCAAGUGCCUGAGAUGGCCGACCUUCAUCGGAUGAUGUUGGGCAAACCAACCCAGCUGCAGUCCCAGUUUCGCCUGACCUACACAAUGAUCCUUAACCUGUUGAGAGUGGAAGCCCUUCGAGUAGAGGACAUGAUGAAGAGGAGCUUCUCUGAGUUCCAUACCCGGAGGGACAGCAAGGUCUACGAACACAGGAUUGGCCAACUGAGCAGCAUCUUGGCCAACAUGGAGCCUGUGGAUAUGGCAGGACAGCUUGGUGACUUGCAGGAAUAUUACUCCCUGGUCCGAGAGCUGAAGGAGACUCGUGUACUUAUCCAGAGACGAAUAAUGGAAUCGGUGAAUGGACUGAAGGCCCUUUCUGUGGGGCGAGUGAUCGUAGUGAAAAAUAAAGAGCACAAGAAUGCCCUAGGAGUGAUCUUGCAGGUGUCUUCUGACACUGCCAACCGAGCCUUCAGUGCUUUGGUAAUGUGUGAGAAGAACUUGUCAGAUGGGGAUUCGGCUGCAAGCAAGGAGAGUAAUCUUCCCUCCUCUCCAGAAGUGCCUUUACCUGAUGACCUUCUGCACACCAAGCUCUUCCUUCCAGAAGGGCCCUGCGGACACACCAUAAAGAAACUGGGCCCAGCUGAUAUUUCAGGUAUCACAACCAAAACCCUGCGUGUCAAUGCUGAGCGCAUCAUGGAGGAUUUCAAGAAGCGACAGAUGCCCAGGUUCAGGAAUGAUCCACCAGGGCCAUCAGCAGCCACGGCCACCCAGGAGCUGCUGCGUUUGGCUGAGGGUUCUCCCGAGGGCCUCCCACUCCUGGAUCCAGUGAAUGACCUUCAGUUGAAAGACCUGGAGGUUGUGGAGGGUGUGAUGAGGGCCCGUCACUUGGAGGAGGAACUGCCGGGAUUCCGGUGUGUGCACAGCCCUCGCUUCCAUAUGGAGUUUGUGCGAUUUAGAGAACGCCAACAAGUGCUGGAGGAGCUGGAGCAGCUGCGCUUCCUGCUGUCGGACCAGUCCCUGCUGCUGCUGCCGGAGUAUCACCAGCGCGUCCAGGUCCUGCGUUCCCUGGGCUACAUCAACGAAGGUGGGGCCGUGGAACUCAAAGGGAGUGUGGCCCGUCAGAUUAGCAACCAUGAGCUGCUUCUGACUCAGCUGCUCCUAGACAACGCCCUGACGGACCUGCGGCCAGAAGAGAUUGUGGCCCUGCUUAGCUGUACCGUCUGCCAAGUCCGCACCCAGGUGGAGCCACAGCUGCCUUCGAUCCUUCAGAAGGGCAUAGAGCACAUCCGCUCAGUGGCUGAAGAGAUUGCCCUGCUGCAGCGCAAGUGUGGCCUGCAGGAGUCAGUGGAGGACUUCGUGGAGCAGUAUAAGUUCGGGCUGGUGGAGGUGGUCUACGAGUGGGCCCGUGGCAUGCCAUUUGCCGAGAUCGCCCGCCUGACGGAUGUGCAGGAAGGGAUCAUUGUCCGCUGCAUCCAGCGCUUAGAUGAAACCUGCCGAGAGAUGCGCAAUGCAGCCCGGGUCACCGGGGAGCCAACGCUGCACGCCAAGAUGGAGGCUGCUUCCAACAUGAUCAAGAGGGACAUAGUCUUUGCGGCCAGCCUCUACACCCAGUGAGGGGUGGCGGUCUUUGGGCAUCUGGCCGCCUUGGAAGUGGACGUCUCUAAUUCUUGACCUCUGAGAGGUUUGGGAUGCAUCUGGCACGUAGAAGCAAUAAAAGAUGCAUUCUUGUCACCA